AUGACCGGAAGCCACAUGCUGACUGUGACAUCCGAGGACAGGGCUGGGGGCUUCAAGAGCAGGGAGGUGUGGAACAAGGACCCCUGGAAGAGCUACUCAAGGUGCGAAGGCCGAGUGGAAGUCCACCACGCGGACACCUGGGCCACGGUGUGUGAUGACAGCUGGUCCAUAGGGGAUGCCCACAUGGUCUGCAGACAGCUUGGCUAUGGCCAGGCUGUGUCCGCCCUCUCUGGGGCCAGUUUCAGCCCCAGGUCAGGCAGCAUCCUCCUGGAUGACGUCAAGUGCACAGGAAAUCUGCCGGUGGUGAGGCUGGCGGCGGGGGGCAGCAGGUGCGAGGGCCGCGUGGAGAUCCUCUACAACGGCACCUGGGGGACCGUGUGCGACGACCUCUGGGACCUGCCGGCCGCACGGGUGGUGUGCCGGCAGCUGGGCUGCGGAAUGGCACUGGCGGCCCCGAGGAGCAGUCUGUUUGGCGAUGGCUCGGGCCCCAUCUUCCUGGACGAUGUGCGCUGCACGGGCGAUGAGACCAGCCUGGGGCAGUGCAUCCAUCGUGGCCUGUCGGUCCAUAACUGUGGUCACCACGAGGAUGCCGGAGCCGUCUGCUCAGACCUGCCCAUCAUCAGGCUGGCGGAUGGGAGCAACCGCUGUGAAGGUCGCAUCGAGGUGUACCACAACGGCACGUGGGGGACCGUGUGUGAUGACCUCUGGAGCAUCGGCGCAGCCCGCGUUGUGUGCCGGCAGCUGGACUGCGGGGAGGGCGUCGGAGCCCUGGGGAACGGCCACUUUGGAGAAGGUGUGGGGAGCAUCCUCCUGGACGACGUGCAGUGCCGGGGCAAUGAGACCACACUAGGCCAGUGCCGGCACCUGGGUUUGUCCAUCCACAACUGUGGCCACCAUGAGGACGCCGGGGUCAUCUGCUCAGGUACUCACUCCCGACUCUCUCCUGACGCUGCUGGAGCCACAGCUGUUGGGGUGGGAGAGAGGGACCUGGAAGCGAAUGUGAAGAAGCUCGGGUCCCCUCGGCGUCCUCCAAACACACGCUUAGGGUCCGUUCUCAACAUUGGUUUGGGGAGGCCUCUGGGCCGUUCUUGGCCUCUCUUAACCUGCUGACCUACCCAGUGCUUGAAGCUACAUUCACCAGUUCACUUUAGAGCCCCUGGUCUCUGCCCUCUUCCAGGACUUGCCAGAUUCGCUGUUAUUCACCCUCUGGGGUCAUUGCUUUUUCUAGUCUAUGUCUUAUGUUUUGAGCCUUAAAGCUGACUUUGUAGUACCGCUUUGGGGAGUUCUGUGAGCAAAACCCAGUCCCUCUCA